AUGUUUAGUUUCAGACACAAUCCAGAGAACGGUCCCAAAAUGGCAAUCCUCGGCGGUGCACUGUGGUUAGCAUCGAUUGUGCUGGUGUGGUUGGAGGCGUGUCGGAGUGCCAACGCGAACUUCGUUGAAGAGGCGCCGGCCGGCGAUGUCCACAGCCCAUUUUCGAACAACGUCCCAAGGAGGAAGUUUUAUCUUCUGUCGGCCAUCAUUCCCGAAGAUGACCGUGGCUUCUUGUACCCGAACAAGCGAAUUUGGAGCCAAGGCAAAAAUAUGUGGGGCAAAAGAGACGGCGGAGACGCGUCAAGCCUUCGUGAUACCCUUGAUGAUUCGAACCGCUUAAAGAAAGGCGGUUGGGGGCAUGGCAAGAACAUGUGGGGCAAGCGGUUUCUCUCAGAAGGUAAUCUUAAAAGUCUGUUACAAUAA